AUGUGUCGUCCCCUUUCGGUGAAAGCACACCUGCUCUUAAGCUCUGUCUGGCCCACUACCUUCUACGGCAUGGAGGGCCAAUGCCUUGCCACCAACAAGCUGGAUGCUCUCCGAACGGCGGCCACUCGUGCCAUGAUCGGAAAUCAGCACAGUGCCUCACCUUGGCUGGCGCUCACUUGCCUUACGCCGCGCGUCUUGGAUCCAGAGCCUUAUGGGGUCAGUCUGGCCCUGUGUACUCUUGCCAGAAUGCUCAAGGUUGAACCUGAACUUGGCCACUGGUGGCUUGGCAGGGCAGCUUCGCCAUUUGAUAGGACCAUGAAGAUCAAAGGACCGGCGAGUGCAUUGUCCAAAGCUCUUGCACGAAACGACCUGAUCCUCCUGAUGGAUGGGACAGUCAAAGGGCCCGGACAUUGGCACUGCAACCUGCACACGUCACCCCCCUCAGGGAUACGAGGUGCAGUUGAAGGGGCCUGGCGAUAUGAGCUGCCAGUCAAGCUGAAGCAUCGAAACGGUCUUCACCAGUUGAUGCCGCCUGCAGCGGAUGUCACUUCCAAGGCUUUGAGCUACAUGUCUGCAGCUGCCCGGGCCACAUGGGACUCUUUGCAAGAAGUCCGCCAACCUUUCAAACCGCUGCUGGAGUGGAUGGAGUCAGAAAUGUCUCGACGGUUGAGCUCGCCUCCGUCCAUUGCUAGCUUAAUUGAUAGGCAUGGCUCUGUGCCGAGCCCUCAAGAACUGCAGGUGUGUCAGCUCGCAAGCCGCCAUGCUUCUUUGCCGGUAGCCGUUUGGACUGACAGCCAGACCGCUCUUGGCCAAGCCCGGGAUUACCUGGACGACCGCUGUGGGGUGAAAGCGAGCAAUGUCAAGGACCUGUGCUGUGAACUCCCUGUUGAGCUUCCCUUGCAAAAUCUUGCGCUGCACAAGGUGAAGGCGCAUGUUGAAGCUGCGGAGGUUUCAGACGACAAAUGGAACCAGACGCUAGGCAACGUUGCAGCCGACGCUGCGGCGCGAGCGGCCCUGGCAGAUGAUCUACCCCUGGCAGCCGAGUGCAGCGACGCCGUACGGAAUUGGCGUCAAGAUCAACAAGAACGUCUGCGCUUGUACUUCACUUACCUGAUCGCGCUCAUGAAGGAGGUGGUGCCUUUAAGAAACAGAACGCGACAGACUGGCUCUUGCCAGCAACCGGAUUUGGACGAUGACGAGCGGCUACGAUUGUGGCGUUCUUUGAGGCCCUGUAACGCUCAGUCGUUGGAGCCCAUGGCUUUUCCGACUGCAGUGGUGCAAGGCCGUUGCCCACCAGUGCAGGCAGAGGGUCAGUGGUAUGAUCCGCUGGACAGCUCCGGGAUCCUUUGCCCAGUGCGCAUCAUCGUGUAUGGACCCUGGAAUUUCUUGGGGACCAAACAGGCAGGAAGGGAUUGGACCGUCGACCAAGGUGGCAACGGGAUGAUGACUGAGGUCGCAAACGCGACUGCCCAGCCCAAAAGAGGCGAGGACUUGAGCAAGCUGGACAAGAGGAGAGGUGGAGCACUGGGACACAAGAAGGCGUUGAUCGUCACAGAUGCAGUGCUUGUGAAGGUCGGCGCGGUGAAGGCAGCCACGGAUGUGCUCACCGAGGCAGGCAUCACCUUCGCGAUCUACGACGGCUGCCAGCCGAACCCGACGGUGAGCCAGGUGGAAGCCGGCUUGAAGAUGAUCAAGCAAGAGGGCUGCGACUUCGUCCUCUCCUUCGGAGGCGGUUCACCGCACGACUGUGCCAAGGCCAUCGCCAUCACCUGCACGAACGGUGGUGACAUUCGUGCCAUGGAGGGUGUCGACAAGAGCACACAGCCUAUGUUGACCCUGGUCGCAGUCAACACCACCGCUGGCACAGGAGCCGAAAUGACACGCUUUUGCAUCAUCACCGACGAGGAGCGCCAUGUGAAAAUGGCGAUUGUCGACUGGCGCGUUACGCCCACGUUGGCCGUGAACGACCCAAAGACCAUGAUCGGCAUGCCCAAGUCCUUGACUGCUGCGACUGGCAUGGAUGCUCUCACGCACGCCAUCGAGGCUUAUGUGAGCACCAUCUCCAACCCAGUGACCGACGCUUGCGCCCUCCAUGCCAUGAAGCUCAUCAGCUCCUACUUACCCACGGCCGUGGAGGAUGGUAAAAACCUGAAGGCCCGUGAUAUGAUGGCCUACGCCGAGUUCCUCGCUGGCAUGGCAUUCAACUCCGCCAGCUUGGGCUAUGUCCACGCCAUGGCCCACCAGUUGGGGGGAAUGUACAACCUACCCCAUGGAGUCUGCAACGCAAUUUUGCUGGGUCCGGUGCAGGAGUACAACGCGAAGUAUGUGCCGCACCUCUUCAUCGACAUUGCCGUCGCCUUGGGCUUCAGCGAGGUGGGAGCGGACCAGGACCUCGCAGUGAAGAAGGUGCUGAAGGCCAUUAAGGACUUGAAGAACAGGGUCGGGAUCCCCAAGAGUCUAUGCCAAGAAGAGCCGAGGAAUCUCAAGGCCUUCAAAGAGGUGAAGGUGGAGCACUUCCCUGCUUUGGCAGACAAUGCGAUGAAGGACGCCUGUGGCUUGACCAACCCGCAUCAGCCUACCAAGGACGAGGUCAUUGCCCUUUUCCAAGCCGCCUAUGACCAGGAGGAUGACGACGUUGACGAGGUUGAGAUGUUGCAGAAGCAGCUGUCAGCUGCUGCUGCCCGAUGCAAAGAUGCGGCAGCACUCAAGAAGGCUAU